AUGGCUGCUUGUCGGUCCAUUUCCCGUUCCAUCCCCGCUCUCCGCGGAGUUCCCCGCACGGUGGCGGUGACUGCCAGAGCUGCAUCUUCGAGAUCUCUCACUACUACUUCACUUGCCAGUCUGGCCUCCCGCAGAACAGUUGUACCCUCCACAUCACUCUCUGCCACUCGUCGCUUGCACGCAACAGCCCAGCGGCUCGUCACCGCAACCACCUCAGCUGACUCCACCGCUACUGAAUACCCAACAAGCCACCAAAAGAUCACCAACCCCAUUGACACAGCUAACUUCAUUGACAAUGAAUUUGUGUCAUCCAAAGCAACCAAGUGGAUUGAUCUCCAUGAUCCUGCCACCAACAACCUGGUCACCCGUGUGCCUCAGAGCACAGAUGCGGAGCUGAAGGCCGCUGUGGAGUCGGCCGAGAAGGCCUUCCCCGCUUGGAGAGCCACCAGCAUUAUGGCCAGACAGCAAAUUAUCUUCAAGUUUACUAACCUCAUUCGUACCCACUGGGACCGAUUGGCCGCGUCUAUCACCCUUGAGCAGGGCAAGACCUUCGCUGAUGCCAAGGGUGAUGUUCUCCGUGGCCUUCAGGUCGCCGAGACCGCCUGUGGUAUCACCACCCAGAUGACCGGCGAGGUUUUGGAGGUAGCCAAGGAUAUGGAGACACGAAGCUACCGCGAGCCCCUUGGUGUCGUGGCUGCUAUUUGCCCCUUCAACUUCCCUGCUAUGAUUCCUCUUUGGUCUAUUCCCGUCGCUACUGUGACUGGUAACUGCUUGGUCAUGAAGCCAUCCGAGAGGGACCCCGGUGCUGCUAUGAUCCUUGCCGAACUUGCCAAGGAGGCCGGUUUCCCUCCCGGUGUGAUUAACAUCAUCCACGGCGCUGCCCCCACUGUGGACUUCAUCCUUGAUGAGCCUGCCAUCAAGGCUAUCAGCUUUGUUGGUAGCAACCGUGCUGGCGAAUAUAUCUACAGCCGUGGCUCUGCUAAUGGCAAGCGCGUGCAAGCCAACUUGGGUGCUAAGAACCACGCCGCCGUCCUACCCGACGCUAAUAAGAACCAUGCUCUGAACGCCAUUGUCGGUGCUGCAUUUGGUGCUGCUGGUCAGCGCUGCAUGGCAUUGAGCACCUGCGUUAUGGUUGGCGAGACUAAGGAAUGGUUGCCUGAGAUCGCCGAGCGGGCUAAGGCCCUGGUCGUGAACGGUGGCUUUGAGGAGGGUGCUGACCUCGGCCCUGUGAUCAGCCCUGAGAGCAAGAAGCGUAUUGAAGACUUGAUCACUAGCGCCGAGGAAGAGGGUGCGACUAUCAUGCUGGAUGGCCGUGGGUUCAAGCCCGAGAAAUACCCCAACGGUAACUUUGUUGGCCCAACUAUCAUCACUAAUGUCACCCCCGAUAUGAAGUGCUACAAGGAGGAGAUCUUCGGUCCUGUUCUCGUGUGUCUCAACGUCGAGACCCUUGACGACGCUAUUGAUGUGAUCAACGCCAACGAAUACGGCAAUGGUGCUGCCAUCUUCACCCGCUCCGGCUCAACCGCCUCCAAGUUCCAGAAGGACUGCGAGGCUGGCCAACUCGGUAUCAACGUGCCCAUUCCCGUCCCUCUUCCCAUGUUCUCUUUCACCGGCAACAAGAAGAGUAUUGCCGGCGGUGGUGCCAACACUUUCUAUGGCAAGCCCGGCUUGCAGUUCUAUACCCAGCAGAAGACUGUGACUAGCUUCUGGAAGAGUGAGGAUGCGAUCAGCAACAAGGCUACCGUGGUGAUGCCUACUCACUCAUAA